CCCAAGAGGAGAAAGUUGCUGCCAUUCUGAGAGAAAAGAAAUGGAAGAUGGAGAAGCGAGAGCUAAUUAAGCAGGCAAAGAUGUUGGUUUGAUAGAAGAGCAAGAGGCGAAGAAGAAACAGAUGGAGGAGGAAUUGGAGAAAUGGAAGAAGGAACAGGAGGAGAAGCUGGUGGCAGUAGAAGCAGAAGCAGAAACAAAAGAAGAAGAAGAAGAAGAAGAAAAAGAAGAAGAAGAAGAAGAAGUAGAGGAACCCUUGCAGAGGAAUGUGAGAAUUGAAGAGAGGGAGGAAUCGAGUGGAGCGCGAGAAAGAGAAGCAAAGAUGGAGAAGAUGGUAACUGAAUUGGUGGCAAAUCUAGCCCGGGGGGAAGAAGAGGAGGCUAUGUUGCUUGUCCCCCAGGCAGAAACGGAGGCGGUCGUAAGAAAGUUGCAAGCGGAGGAGGACCCCUUGUGCCGUCAGGCCAAGGAUGAGGAGAAGAGAUUGGAGUGGAAGUUGCACCUUGCAAGAGACAAAACAAGGCGGUUGGAGGCGGCAUACAAGAUGGAGAGAAAGUUAAGGGCUGCUGAAGAGCAACAGGGGCAACUGAGAGCACAAGAAGAUCUCCAAAGAAAGAUAGAGCUCCUGUCCCAGAAUAUGGAUGUAAUUCCAAAAUGCCAACAUGAAGCGAGUGUCACGGUCGCUAACGAUGUCUUCCGGAACGUCGUGGCUGCAAACCCAGCUAGUGUGCAAGAUGCGCACAAGCUCGAGAGUCGUGGCGUAGUACUUGCGAGGGAGAAAUCACGCGUACUUACUCAAUCGGUCAACGACCGUGAGGAUGUCGUCGUGCCCGAAGCGAUUGCGGGAAAACGGGCCGGUGACGUCCAUAGCAAUGGAGAGGUUGGGUUCCUAAGUGCUGAAGGUGGCGAUACCCGUCUUGGGACAAAUCUCAGCAAUCUGACUGAGGAGUUCGGAAUCUCAAUAAACUCUGACUGUGUGAUCAGGACUGUGUAUCACAAGUACCUGCAUCCCAAGGAAGUCCUCAUCAGUGACGGGGUCCUCAACAGAGAGAUCAAUCAUCGACUCACCCUCCAUGUCGCUGCACUAUGUCGCCUUCUCGCCAUCCCCUUUGACCCUGAUUGCACCCUCCCGAUCAUUCCAGUACAACUCGGGACCUCCAUGAGGGUGUACUUAGCGUUGUGGGAUUCCGGUUCUCAAGGCGACUUCAUUCACCCACGUGUGGUGAAGGAAGCACGCUUACUCAUGACAGGGUCUCUGAAUCUCAUCUCCGUCACCCUAGGAGAUGACAAGACCCAACGCUUCUUCGAUCAGACGGUCACCGACCUCCCUUUCUUCCUCACUCUGGAGCCAAUUGAUCGUUCCCCGGCGUCUCGUCGCCACCGCGCCUCUGCACAUUUCGAUGAGAUGGAAACGGUGUACGACCUUAUUCUCGGUACUCCGUGGUCUCGUCGUUUUCGCAGCACUGAGGCCGAUUGGGCGACCAACACUCUCGUUCUCAAAACGAAGUGUGGACAAACGUAUCGCAUACCUUUCAUAGGUACCACCGCGACACCACACCCCGACCCUCCUCCCCCGGAGCCUUCCGUGCCCACACCAUCUCCUACUCUCACCGUCACCUCGGCUCGGCAGUUCGCUCACUUCACCCGACAGGACGACGUCACCUUCUUUACAGUGAAUGUUAUGGAUCUCUUGCACUAUGAUCCACCGUGUCCCGAUGCCGAGCUCAUCUCUCUGGAGCCAGAUCCUCCUUCUAUCUCCAUGGCUCUCAUCUCUUUCCCCCCUCCACCCUUCGUCAAGUCCACCCCGUUGCCGCGCGCCGACGCUGACGCUAAAAAACUCGCACGCUAUACGACCGACCUGGAGCCUGCAGUUUGUGACGUCAUUCGAGAGUACCACGACGUUUUCUCAUCGUCGUUCUCAUACGUCGGCAUCCCACCAAUGCGCGACGUCAAGCAUUCCAUCCAGCUUGUGCCUGACUAUCGUGUUCACCACCAGGCACCCUACAGACUCUCGAUUCCCGAGGCCACUGAACUCAAGCAUCAGCUUGAGGAGCUCCUGAGACUGGGUUUCAUCAAACCCAGCAAUUCCUCGUGGGGUGCACCCGUCCUCUUUGCUCGCAAAGCGGAUGAAACUCUCCGUCUCUGCAUCGAUUAUUGCGGUCUCAACCACUACACGGUGCAGAACAACUACCCCAUGCCUCGUUCCGACGAGCUGUUCGACCGCCUAGCAGGCAACCAUUUCUUUGUGAAGAUUGAUCUUCGUAGCGGUUACCAUCAGAUCCGCGUCGCUGCAGCGGACCAACCGAAGACAGUGUUCCGAUCGCGCUUCGGCCACGGUGAUGCCAUUUGGCCUCACCAACGCACCUGCUACCUUCCAAACGACGAUGAACGACAUGUUCAGGGACAUCCUGGAGCAGUUUUUCUUACAAAGUCGAAGCUCACUCCUCGACAGGCUCGUUGGUGGCACGACCUAUCCGAGUUUAGUUUCACCCUUGAGCACAUCAAGGGUGAGACCAAUUGGGUCGCAGAAGCCUUAUCCCGGCGCCCUGACCAUAAUCCGGAGCAGAUCCAGCUCACUGCCAUCUUGGUCACCACCGUCCACCACUCGGUGACCGACGAGUUUCGCACUCAGUACUGCCACUGCCCCGACUAUUGCAACAUCCGUGCGACCCUUCGGAGUGGCAAGACCGUCCCGAACUACUCUCUCGGGGACAACGGUCUUGUGUACUGGCACGGUUCACAGGGCACCAGAGAAUCCCGCAUUUGCGUUCCCUCCACUGGACAACUACGUGUUCGGGCAGUCGCAGAGUUCCAUGACCAGGCAGCCACCGGUCAUAUGGGCUUUCACAAGACGUUCGUUCGUGUGAGCCGCCUGCACGUUUGGCCGAAGCGUAAGGACUUUGUGAAGGACAACGUUGCAGAGUGUCCCACUUGUCAGCAAGUCAAUAAUACGAACUACUUGCCUUAUGGUUUGCUCCAGCCUCUUCCUAUUCCUGAGGGUCCUUGGCAGUCCAUCUCGAUGGACUUUAUUGUUCCUUGCCGCUAUGCCAUCAGUGCACGAGAGGUCACGAACAUCGUGUUUGACCGAGUCGUGCGUGACCACGACUUACCUCUAAGCAUCAUAUUUGACCGUGACCCUCACUUUACCAGCCGAUUCUGGCGACGGCUCCACGAGGUGUACGGCACCCAGCUCCGCUUCUCCUCGUCUUACCAUCCCCAAACUGAUGGUCAGACCGAGGUCAAGAACAAGACUCUCGGAGAUAUUCUCCGAAAGAUUGUCCGUGACGACCAGCAGUUGGAUCUCUAUCUUGCCCACGUGGAGAUAGCCUACAACCACACCGUCUCGCCGGCUACAGGGAUGUCGCCUUACUAUUGCGACCACGACUAUCACCCUCGUGUUCCCGCGGACUUCCUUCGACCGUCAGAGUUGCAUUCCGACAGGAGUUGUCCCGCGCUAGAUGAUUGGGUUGGACACAUGAUGUCGAUCAUGAAGACUGCGCAUGAGCACAUGACCGCUUUCCAAACUUGCAUGGCCGCACGUGCGAACCAAUCGAGGAUGGAUCAUCCAUUCAAAGUCGGCGAUGAUGUGCUUGUCGAUGUCCGCCACUUACAAUUCGAAGCGGCUUCACAAGUUCCGACGUCACUUCUUUGGCCCAUGCCACAUUCUCCAGGCCGUCGGUUCUGAUACGACAUCUAGCCCGGUCAACUUCUGUGUGAAGUUGUACCUACGCCAGGGUCUUGUGCACG